AUGUUAUUACAUCGUUUUGGUACUAUGGCACAUAUAAUUGCAUCAACGCAAUUAUUUUGUUGGCGUAAACAUACGGAUCAUUUAACGGAAGAUGAAUUAGUUGUACAAAAUGCGGUUGAAAUAGCACGUGAAUUACAAGCAAUCCGUGGUGUUGAUGAACCCGAUGAAAAUGCUCAAUCGGAAGAGCAAGCAAUCUCACGUCGAAAUAUUGUUCGCAAUUUGGAAUCUUCCAAACGUUCAAUGUAUCGACCAAAAACGGAAACGCUUGAUGCUGCAUUCCGGAAACGUUUCUUUGCAUUAUCAAGUAAUAAAGCAAUUGAUCGUUCCAAUAGUGAAAGACGUUUAACAUUACGUCGGAAUACCAUUCGUGCUAUUGAACGACGUCGGAAUUCAAUUUUCGGUAAUCAGCAACCAAAUGAGGAUGAGGUAACAUCACUGGUGGAAGAUCGACGACAUCUAUCAAAUGAUGAAAAUCGUUAUACAACCAGGCGAAACAAUCUCUUACAUUUAUUCGAUGAUCCGUUAAACAAUUCCGGAAACAAAAAAUAG